GGGAGACUACAGGCCUCGGGCCCGGAGCGCGCCCCCCCCACUGGCCGCGAGCGGGUCCCAGGGCCCGGGCAGCGGCUCGAGCGGCUCCAGCAGCAGCAGCGAUGCCCGCACACGGCGGCCUGCAGCAACAGCAGCAGCAACAGCAGCAGCAACAGCAGCAGCAGCAGCAGCAACAACAGCAACAACAACAGCAACAACAGCAGCAGCAGCGUGAAGGAUCCUGUAGAUUUUCUCCCGCUUGUUGACGUGCAGACUCCUCGGGAAGGGGUGGGAGCUGCUGCCAUGAACAAAGACUUGUGCAUUCACUCGUGGCCGGGGUCCUACUAUGUCGAGGGUGAGAAGCGGUGGGUGCACGGGAUCCUCUCACUCUCGCCGUGCCGGCUGGCGUUCACGUCCGACAAAGGGCUGGCGCUGACCAGCCUCCAGCUCUCCGACGUCACGGGCAUCAGGAAGGAAACAUCCAGCUUCAUCUUCAGCUCGCUGACGGUACUGCUGGGCGGCAGGGAGAAGCACUGGUUCAGCUCGCUGCAGCCCAGCCGGGCCACGGUCUUCAACGUCGUCGAGCACUUCUGGCGAUCACAGCUGCUCUCGUGCGGGGUCCAGGACACGACGGCCGCCAGGGGGACCGCGACCAAGGGGAGGGAACUCAUCAACCUGGCCUCCAGCUCUCAGCAACGCCUGGGGGACAUGGCCAAAGUGCUGCAUCACCAGGGAGAACAGUUCGACCGCAUCAUGAACGGGCUGGACAAGAUCGAGUCCGACAUGGACGUGGCAAACAGGCUGCUGACGGAGCUGGAGUCGCCGUCGUGGUGGCCGUUCGGCAAGCGCCUCCGCCGAUCGACCCAGCCGGAGGCAGCGAGCGAGGCCGAGCCUGUGUUGUCCCCGGAGUGGGCUUUUGGAAAGGAUGGCCUGAUAUUGAAAGUCCCCAGCCUCUACUCCCAGGGGCCGGGACCCGACCCCAACCUUAAGCAGGGCCAGCUGGCGGUCCUCUGCUCUGGUCUGGAGAUCAGUGAUUCCAGUGGACAGCCCGUGCACAAGUACCGGCGGGAUGAGGUAGACGACGUCAAGGUGCAGAGCCCUUACGAGAUCGUGGUACGCCAGAGGUUCAUCGGGAAGCCCGACAUCUCCUUCACCCUGCACUCGGCCAGGAUGCCUGACGUUAUUUCCAUUGUGGAGAUCCAGUACGCCAGAAAAAUGCAGUUUAAAGAGGAACUCUUGGAGCUCUUCAGACCGGAAGAUGCCUCGGCUUCGGAGAACCAUGACAUGGGCAGCUCCAUCUGGAACGCAGCCACGGGCUUCUUGGGCAGGGUAAUGCAUCCUGCUUCAGCCAGCGGUGGACAGGUGUCCCAACAGGUGUGCGAGCAGACCGUCUCUGAGGCUGAGGCUGAAGAGCUGAGACAGAUCCUGCGGAGGCUGAAGACCAUGGCGCUGGACACGGAGUGUGAGCUGGAGCGGCAGAACGAAGUGCUCGACGUCAUCGGCACCUCGACUGACCAGGCGACAUCGAGGAUAGACACCAGCCACCGGAGAAUCCGCAGGCUCUUGUAGGAGUCCGGCCAGCCCAGCCCAGUGGUGUGUUCACUAUGGACCCUCUCUCCAUCCCAGUCUCGGCCGCAGAGGGAAUGUUUCAACUCUGCCUCAGUGCUGUGCGGACUGCAACCUGCCCUAAAGCCACACACCCUGCAUCGUGGACCCUCUCUCCAUCCCAGUCUCGGCCGCAGAGGGAAUGUUUCAACUCUGCCUCAGUGCUGUGCGGACUGCAACCUGCCCUAAAGCCAUACACCCUGCAUCGUGGACCCUCUCUCCGCCCCACUCUCAACCUACGGAGGGAAUGUUUCAACCCUGCCUCACUACUGUGGUGUAUACUCGACUGCACCCAGUCUUAAAGCUGCCCUUGCAUCGUGGACCCGAUCUCAACCUCCAAAGGGAAUGUUUCAACUCUGUUUCAGCACCCUGUGCGGUGAGCUUUAUUGCACCCAGUGCUAAAACCACGCUUAUAGCUCGACUUGCAUUGUGGAACCCUCUUUCCAGCCCGGUUUCGCCCUCCAGAGUGGAUGCUUCAACUCUGCCUCGGUGCUGCGCGCUUUACCCUUGACCACUCUAAAACCCUUGUACCUGGCCUUGGAUUGUUGUCCCUCUCUGCAUCCCAAUCUCAACCUCCAGAGGGAAUGUUUCAACUCUGCUUCGGCACUAUGAGGUGUAGCAUUGAUUGCACCCAGUUCCUGAAGCUACCCUUGUAUCUGGUCGAGCAUUGUGGACCCUCUCUCCAUCCAAAUCUCAGCCUCCAGAGAGAAUGUUUCAGUGACAGUCUCAGUGCCAUGAGGUGUAUCCUUGACUGCAGCGAAUCCUAAAGCCAUGUGUGUAUCUGGCCUUGCGUGGCGGACACUCUCUUCAAGCCAAUCUCGACCUCCAGAGGGAAUGUUUCAGCACCGAGUUGUACCCUUGACUUCACCCAGUGCAAAACCACCAUUGUAUCUGACCUGUUUAAGAAAGAACAGCAGAUGCUGAUAAAUCGAAGAUAGACACCAAAUGCUGGAGUAACACAGCGAGUGAGGCAGCAUCUAUGGAGAGAAAGAAUUGGUGAUGUUUCCUUCAAUUCAGAGGCAGCAUCUGUGGAGAGAAGGAAGGGGCGACGUUUCGGGUCCACAAGAAGGGUCUCGACCUAAAACGUCGCCAAUUCCUUCUCUCCAUAGAUCCUGCCUCACCUGCUGAGGUUACUCCAGCAUCUUAUGUCGACCAUUGUAUCUGACCUCGUAUUGUUGUCCUUCUCUCCGUCCCAAUCUCAACCUCCAAAGGGAAUGUUUCAAUGCUGCCUCAGUACUGUGUGGUGUGUCCUUGACUGCACCCAGUUCCUAACGUACACGCCCUAGCAUUGUGGACAAAUUAUUGUAAAUGAUUGCAGCAGUCCGUCUGCGGCUUCUGUGUUGUUUUGAGGACUUGGUUUCACCGAGGCUCACUCCUGACGUGUCGGCAUCCAAAAAGAUGCCAGAAAAAUGCUCCAGUCACUUUAAUGGUCAUUUGAUUUCAAAAUAAUGUAUUAAAAGAUCAGCUGCGAUGGUGUAGGGCAGUUUGUUUGCAAGGUCCUUACAAAUUCAGAUGCAAUUCUUUCUGCGACUUGUAAAACACAGCUGGUUUAAAACCAAAGAUACUAGAGGAGCCUGUAGAUGUGGACGCCAUGACAGGAGCCGAUUCCAUAAAACACCUCGUAUAUUUGAUUCCCAAAAUGGCGCUAUGAAAUUACCCAUGACCUACUACGGCUUUUUCGCCUAGUGGUGUAUCUUGCUCCUCUAGUAUCUUUGUUUAAAACUAUGAGUGUCUUUUUGGGAUUGUACAGGGCAAUUUCUUUUCCGCUCUCACUGAAAAAUGUAAAUGCUCCUUGAUACAGUUCACUCUUUUUUUUGUAAAUCAGCUUUUGCAGUUCCUCGAUAACUCUUAUGCCCGUGAAUUUACAAUUGAAAUCGUACGGUCAUAAGCAAGUUCUGCAGGCUAAUGUAGACACAAAGUACUGGAGAAACUCAGCGGGGGAGGCAGCGUCUGUGGAGAGAAGGAAUGGGCGACCCUUCUUCUUGACCCGAAACGUCACCCAUUCCUUCUCUCCACAGAUGCUGCCUCACCUGCUGAGUUUCUCCAGCAUUUUGUGUCUACCUUCGAUUUCACUAGGUAUCUACUGUUCUUUAUGAAACAUUCUGCAGGCUAAUGUUGAGACAAAUUCCACCACAAUUGUGUGGACUCAGUGGACACUGUCUCCUCGGUGGUCGUUUAGUGUGCACUGGCCAUUCUGCAGCUGUUCAUUGGGGGCUGUGUGCGUUCAGUAGGCAUUCAGUGGGAGCUCUGGGCACUGACCACACUGGAGGUACAAAAGAGUUAAAUAGUCACAUUGCAUCAGGCAAUCUUUAUAAAACAAUUUUGGCAGCUUUAUCUACAAUAUACUUGACCCCCCCCUCCCGUGGCGACCAGCAUUGACGGAAAGCCUCCACAGUCCCCAUGGACACUGCGUGUUCCCUCUCCAGGGACACGCGAGCAUGGACGUAGGCCUGGAAGAGGGGCAGGCAGCCGACUCUGGCGUGACCAUCGACCGCCCGCUGCCUGGACAGGCCCAGGACCGAACCGACAGGGAGAUUCCCCCCCACCCCCCAAGAUCGGCCUUCCCCACUCCCUGCCCUGUGCCCAAACACCAACAUCGGACUAAAAUGCAACCAAAACUUGAGGGGCAAGCCCCUUCAUAUAUUGGUGCAGGGGCUGCUACCUCUCGCACUGCGUAUACACGUGGAAUGCGGUCUCUUCCUCGCUGCAGAAGUUACAGGCGGCCGGCCAGCCCGUGAACCGACUCAAAAGUUUAUCGCACACCACGGCUCUGUGCAGCACUCUCCAUCCCAGGUCCCCGAUGUAAAGGGGAAGGACUCCCUUGUAGAGGGACCUCCUCUGGGGACCACUCUGUGACCACAGUGGCCAUUCUGUGACCACAGUGGCCAUUCUGUGACUCAUUCAGUGACCACUCAGACCUUAUGACCUUUGCUCAAGUAUUGAAGGGUGUGUUUCUUUUUGGACCUCGGCUUUUCUUUGCAGGAUUGAGAAAAUGAAUGAACCAAUGCACUGCAAUCUUUGAUACAAUUCAGAAUAUAUAUUGCACUUUAGCGUUAGUUAAUGUUAAUUCUUGUGUACCAUUACCAAUUGUUGACUGGAUAUGCAUUUAAGAGGAUGAUGAAUAAAUUUAUUGCAAUCCG